UCGUUAGAUACUCGAUGAUCCUCGAUCCUCUCGCGACGGUGGAGAGGAAUGUUGUCUGAUUGCGAAAUGAUUACGAGCAUCGUAAUAUUUCCGAACCGACACCGACAACUAUCUCUGAUCUACAACGGGUUUCAAAAAUAAAGUGAAUCGGUUGGACGCAGCGAGCGAUUGACGGAGAGAGUUUUCAGAUGUUCGGGCUUCGUAUAGUGCCGACUCGCAUCCUGUCGAGAACUAACACUAAUGGUAGCUUGGCUAACUUGGCAAGGUUAGGUAGCACUGGGCUACUUGAGAAAUAUGACAUCCCGAUUGCAGCAGAGCACGAUUUUCCUCAGUUGCGACGAGAGGAAAGAAAAUCUCUUAGAAUUGCCAUACUCGGUGCUCCGAAUGCCGGAAAGAGCACUCUUAUUAAUCAGUUGGUUGAACACCAGGUAUGUGCCUCCUCAAUGAGAAAACAUACAACUCGCUCGGCAUGUCGCGCCAUUCAUCACUUCGAAAAUAUCGAAUUGGUAUUUGUGGACACACCGGGGGUUGUGUCCUCCCGAGACGUCGUAAGGCACAGCUUAGAAAAAAGCUUUAGAUUGGAUCCAGGUCAAGCUCUUGGUACGGCGGACGUUGUUGGUGUUUUGCACGACAUAUCUCAAGUCACUACCCGAGAUCAGAUAAACCCGGAAAUCAUCAGCUUGCUAAAGACUUUGGAUUCCAAUGCCCGAUCCUUAUUAUUGUUGAACAAAGUCGACAAAAUCAAAAGCAAGACACGGCUCUUGCAGUUUGUAGAUGAAUUGACCGGAACGAACGGAUGGCCACAUUUUGUGGAUGUGUUUAUGCUGUCUGCUUUGCUAGGAGACGGGGUGCAGGACUUGAGGCACUAUCUUCUAGAUUCAGCUAAGCCGAGAGAGUGGGACUAUGAGAGGGAUACCCUUACCGAUCAGAAGCCGGAAGAAAUGGUCCUGCGGAUUGUACGCGCUGGUAUGCUGAAUACCUUACCGGCAGAAAUUCCUCACAACUUGGAUAUAAAGAUGGAAUAUUAUAACGUCUGUGAUGACAGAAGCAUCGUUACCUACGUUUUGAUCGGAUGUCCCAACGAACGAUUGUUCAAAAUCACCCUCCGCAAGCUAAAGCCACGAUUGAGGGACAUGGCUGCAGAAAUGGAAGCAACAUUGGCAAAGAAUCUACAGAAAUCGGUCAGAUUAAGAUUAGUCAUACACCCACCGCCACAGAAAGCAAUCACUUGAAUCGAUUAUUCAUAGAAAGAUGCGUCCCCGUCUUUACGAAAUUGAAUUCUCUUAUUCAAAAAAUAUUCAUUUUUAUUUUUUUUUAACUCGAGGUUCAUAUCCAUGAACUGUACUUGAAUAAAAAGACAGAGUCGCAAGAAA